AGCAAGCUAACACCGUAUACGGCAAUACAACAAUGAUUUUAUUUCUUAAAUCGAAGUAGCUACAAAAACUCGAAAAUAUACUGGCGCACAUGACCGCAUGUAAUUCUUAACCACUGGCUUGCGUCAAAAACCUUAACCUUAGAAAACGAGUCUGAAAUCAUUCCUAUAUAUAGGACGUUUUUAUAAGAUAAAGGCCCGAUGUAUGGUUUCAUGCACAACUGCAUUACUUUGCCUGAAGGAACACGUGAACAGAACGUGCAUAUGAAUUGAACCAAAGCAUGCAGUAACUAACGGUGACUGUAUAAAGAAAUCACUGUGCCCAGCACUCUUGUAAACCACUGGAAGGGAACCAAUGAUCUGAAGUGUAAUCCUGCAUGUCCUGUUUACGACGCCACUCAACUGCAUCUCUAUUGUUUCGGGAGUGUUCUGGAUUUGAUUGGUUUAUGUAUAUAAUACUGGAGCUUGAUUGGUGGAUAUACUGUCCCGAUUUAUGCUUAAAUACGAAAGGUGAAAUUGUAAACGACACCUUUGGAUUCACUGCACAUUGGUAGUAAGGGAGUUGAACGAACGAAGAUCCAAGAUGAAAUUGACUUUGGUAUUGGUGUUAGUAAGUGUGACCGCUACAUUUGCCUUGAAUUGGGGUAAGAAACGAGAUUUCAUUCAAGUUCUGCAGGAUGAAAGCAGUGUGAGCAGUAUUGACUUCACUGGCGACUGGAAGGAAAUUGUUAAUGGUCAACUGGGCGUGAAUGAAGUGUUUCGGAUUAACUACAAUGGAUCACGCCUUGCAGAUCCUGUUUUCGUCCAGUACAAGUUUAAUGACGGUUCUGGUUACGAAACAAAACUCCUUGGAGGGCCAGACGAAAAAAAUAUUUACCACACGGAAAUCUUAAUACCAAUAGAUGCUGAAAAAGUUGUGAUGUGGUUCGUCCAUAUAAACGAUCCUAAUAAGUACGACAGUGACUAUGGCAAGAACUAUCACUUCCAAAUCACUAAACCAAGCAUUGUAUUUGAAAAGAACUGGGAUGAGAGAGUGCAUGGAAAACUGGUCGCUGGGAAAACAUUUGAUUUGUUUUAUGAUUCCCAAAGAUUGAAAGAAGGCGUCGAGGUGCAAGCACAGAUGAAAUUUGUUGAUGAUGAGGUUUUAACCGAAACACUUGAGGCGAUCAACGAUUCAAGUUAUGAAAUUGGUGUCAUUUCCAUCCAUAAAGAUGCUGAGAAAGUGGAAAUGUGGUUUUAUUACGAAGAUGACGAUGGCAACAAACAUUAUGACAGUGAUUAUGGAAAGAAUUAUCACUUUCCAUUGUCCGAGUAAAAUUUUCCGAAGGAUAUGUUUUAGUAUAGUAUCUAAGUAAUCUGACAGAUUUGUAGUGUUGACCAGUGAAUGCAUGCAUUUCAACCCAUCUAUAUAGUGAGUAGUUAAAGUAUGAAUAUUAAUGAUUUCCUUCGUUGAUAAGUGGUGAGCUUUAUUGUAUAUGAAACAAUACAAUUUGAGUAGUGAACUUCU